AUGGCUGACGACAGUGAUAAGCCCAGUCAGCAUGAUUUCAAGAUACUUAGAAGGCUUGUACUGCCUGAUGGAUCAGUGCUGAGGGCAAAAUACCCAGGGAGGCCAUCAAGAGAUUGUUUAUUUAAUGAUCCAGUUAUGGAUGGAAAAAGUCUGCUGAAGAUCUGGAACCUGAACGAAUUUACUGGAAUUAUUGGAGUCUUCAAUUGCCAAGGAGCAGGAAGCUGGCCUUGUCUGGAGAACACUGUCCAAAGAGACAUUAUCUCUGACCUAUCUGGACAGGUCUCUCCUACUGAUAUCGAGUAUUUUGAAGAGGUCUCAGGGAAAUCAUGGAUGGGAGAUUGUGCAGUCUUUUCCUUCAACACAGGGACCCUGUCUCGGCUACCAGUGCAAGAAUCGUUCACGAUCACGUUGAACACAUUGCAAUGUGAUGUGUUUACUGUGUCUCCCAUUAAGGUUUACCAUCAGAAGAUUAAGUUUGCUCCCAUUGGAUUGAUAAAUAUGUACAAUGCUGGAGGAGCUAUUCGGGCAGUUGAAGUUUCUAAAGAUUCUUCUAAUCGUAGAAUUGUCAUCAAGGGAAGAGGAGCUGGUCUUUUCGGAGCAUAUUCCGAUCCAAAGCCAAAGUUUUGCUCUGUGAACUCUCAAGAACAUGAAUUCAAAUAUAGAAGUGAAGAUUAUUUCUUUACUAUACCCACUGGUGGUACAAGUUCAUGGGAUAUUACCAUUCGUUAUUGA